CAACGGUUCUUGGUUUUCUCUCUCGAGGAUAGGCCUGACGAGAAUUACAAAACGAGAGAGACCCAGAGCGAGAGAGAGAGAGAGAGAGAGAGAGCGUAAGGAAACCAGUUGAUCCAUCCACCAUGCGCUCUUCCGUUCCCUCCCUCGUCCUCCUCUUCCUCUGCUUCGCCCAUGGCACCGCCGACCCCGCCCACCCCGCCCACCCCGCCGACCCUGACCCUUGCCGACCCCGGAGCUGCCCUCACGGGCCGGACGUCCAGUUCCCGUUCCUGCUCGAACACAGCGACCAACCUCACAACUGCGGCUACAGUCCGGACUUCAAGUUGUCCUGCGACGAGCGUGGGCACACCCAGCUCUCGCUCCCGGACACCCCGCGGCCGCUUGUCGUCACGGACAUCGAUUACAAUAACACCUCCAUCGGCGUGCGGGACCGCGACAGUUGCAUCCCCUUGCUGCUGGCGAACCUCAACCACUCUAUCUUCUUCUACGACAACAGCUCACUCAACCGGGAUAGUAGUGGUUACUCGUAUAGUGGUUAUUCGCCGCCCUACAACUAUACCCUGUUCCAGUGCCCGCCGCCCAGGAGGACGGACAGCGGCAUGAACUGGCUGGGUUGCCUGAGCACGAACGCGUACGAUGUCUACGCCGUCCGAUCCAACUCCUACGUCGGAGACUUGCCGCUGGUGUCCUGCAUGAGGAACGGGAGCAUCGACUUGCUCCCGACAACGAUCGAUAGCAUGAUGGAUAAUGUCCGUUUGUUCUGGGCCAAAGAAAAGCCGGACUGCGGGCGAUGCACGAAUCGUAAGUGGUGUCGGCGGAAAGAGAGCGGCACCAAAUGCAUCGAUCCUCCUCGCAGACACGAAGGAAAAAGAAAUCUAGAGAUCACCGGAGGAGUGGUGGGCUUUUUUCUCUUUCUUGUUGGAUUAAGCGGACUCGGCUAUUUCAUCAAUGAAAAAAGAAGAGAUAAAGCAUUCCAACUCAAGAUCGAGAGCUUCUUGCAAGACUACGAGGCCCUCAAGCCCACCCGUUACUCCUACAAUGACAUCAAGAGGAUAACCAAUGACUUCGAGGAAAAACUAGGCCAGGCUUACGGAACGGUCUACAAAGAGCUAUCGGACGAGAUUUUUGUCGCCGUGAAGAUGCUGGACAAUUCAUUCGGGAAUGGAGAGGAGUUCAUCAACGAAGUGAGCACGAUGGGAAGGAUUCACCACGUCAACGUGGUCCGGAUGGUUGGUUUCUGCGCUGACGGUUUCCGAAGAGCCUUGGUGUACGAGUUCCUGGCGAACGAGUCUCUGGAGAAGUUCAUAUUUCAGGGCGAGGACACUCUCGACCCUUUCCUUAGUUGGGAGAGGCUCCACGAUAUCGCUCUCGUGGCCAAAGGCAUAGAGUAUCUUCACCAGGGGUGUGAUCAUAAGAUCCUCCAUUUCGACAUUAAGCCGCACAACAUCUUGCUAGAUAACAACUUCAAUCCUAAGAUUGCGGAUUUUGGUCUGGCAAAGCUAUGUUCCAAGGAACAAAGUGCAGUGUCCAUGACUGCAGCCAGAGGUACCAUGGGUUACAUUGCCCCAGAAGUCUUCUCCAGGAACUUUGGAAGCGUGUCGUCUAAGUCGGACGUGUACAGCUUCGGAAUGCUGCUGCUCGAAAUGGUUGGGGGGAGAAAAAACGUUGAUGUGAACGCGAAGAACAUGAGCCAGAUGUACUUCCCGCAGUGGGUCUAUAACCAUCUAAAUAAAGGUGAAGAGCUUGAAAUACGAAUCCAAGAGGAUGGCGACCACAACAUAGCCAAGAAACUGGCAAUUGUGGGGCUCUGGUGCAUUCACUGGUACCCUGCCGAUCGGCCCCCUGUGAAAGCGGUGGUUCAGAUGCUUGAGGGAGAUGAGUGCCCUGUCAUGCCAAAAAAUCCUUUUGUUUCCUCCAGUUCAGGGGAUGCUGCAAUCAUGCGCGGAAGGCUCUGGAACACAGAUUUAGAAGUUAUUGCGGAAUAAGUUCGAGUGCCCUUUUGCAGUAUGUCAUCUCUCCGUGACUGAAGCCGUACGUUAUGUGAUACAAGAAUCUAUGUACUUAGUGGAAACCAUUGAUGCGCUCCCACCACUUACCUAUAGUAUUAGAUCCAAUAUGUAUAGAGGAAUUCCUUUCCUCUUAUAUUUCCUACUAGGCAAGUUGUUAUGUAAUCCUAGAAUCUAUGUACUUACUGGAAGUUUGUAAAAUAAUAAGUUAUUGGAUUUGAUUGCCCAGCGUGAAUGCAGUUCGUUCUUGUGUGCA